AUGUCGUUGUCAUUCGAGCAAUUGUCGUUCUAUUUCAAAGAAUUCGUCCAAAGCCUCAAGUUCCAGAUUUCCUCAUCCACCCAGGAGACUCAAAUUGAUAUCGAGUGCCCUCCUAGAGGAAACCGCGAACAUCAUUACGGUUAUUGCAUAACCCAAGACUUCAUUCUUGCCUUCGAGAACGAGAUCAAGAAGUUCAUCAAUCCCGCCAAUUUUCAUGAUCCCGCGUGCGCGUCGUUGACUCGUAAUUGGCUUAUAAAGGAGUUGCGCCUUCGUCAGUUGGAUUACAAGUGUUGUGUCGACCUAGUCUUGGAGCCUGAGGAUUCUGCAGAUGAAGACUCGGAGGGGGAGGUAGAAGGGUUAGCUGACAACGAGGACGAUACAAAGACUGAUGAAGAUGAGGGCGGUCCAACUGACCACGAAGACACAAAGGAAGACAAAACGAAUGCUGAUGAACAAGAGUCAAGUCUCUAUGAAGACGAAAAAGGCAACCUAAAGACUGACGAAGAAGCCGAUACAAUUCACUAUGAAGACGAAAAGGACGACGAUACAAAGACUGACGAAGAAGCCGAUACAUUUCACUUCGAAGAUGAAAAGGAGGACGACCCAAAGACAGAUGAAGGCGAGGGCGAUCCAACUCACUUUGAAGACGAAAAAGAAGACGAUCCAAAGACUGAUGAAGAUAAGGGCAAUGCAAGUCGCUACGAAGACGAAAAGGACGACGACAGCAAGACUGAUGAAUACGAGGCCGUUAUCAGGGGCCAUAAUGAAAAUAUCAAGGACGAUGAAGAUGAGGGCUAUACAAGCCACGAUUAUGAAAACGAAACCUCGGCGAUUGGAUACGCAGACGAUGAAUUUGAAGUCGAGUACGAUGCAGAAGAGGUGGUGGUGGUCCUCUCCGUUUGUUCAGACGAUCCCAUCAGCUUCCAAGCACGGCCUACACAAGCGCAAAUGGACAUGAUGACGACAUUGUUCUGCCAACCGCCUCAGUGGUGGGAACAUCGUGACAUUGAUUAUUACUUACGAGCUCCCAUUUCCGAGUUGCCUUUCGUCACCCCUUUUCUCCACAGAAGUACCUUUGCAUCGCCCAAUCACUCAUGA